ACCUCAUAAGGCAUCCAUCUGAUUGUACUUGCCAAUCAGAGGGACGGGGAACGCUGAAAUCACGACCAUAACCACAUGAUGGUGUGCCUCUAUGGAAAUGACGCAUGCUGAACAUGAAGUGGUCAUUUAGCUUUAUGAGGGGAAAGUGCCUCCCAACCCCCUCUGCUUUGUGGUGGCAAAGUUAACAGAGAGGAUUCGGAGGUACUUUUCCUCCUGAUACAGUCAAAUGACCAUCUCAAAAAAAUUAUUUCCAGUUCCAUCACGCUCGACCUACUUAUUAGUAUCGACUCCCUACAGAUGUGGUCAAAAAUGACACACUCCUGCUCUCCCCAGUUAUGAGUACUCAAGGAUCUCCUCCUAUCCUCAACCCCAACAUAUAUCUCAACUAUCUCGGCCCAGACGAAGCAAGCAAUUAUGAGCUCAGUAGAAACAUCGCCUUAGUGACACUUGGUGCACUGAUCUGGGAUAUACUCUUCAGCAUCGCCGAUGACUACGGGUUAAUCCGGAUGGGAAGACCGUCAGUUACUCUCUUCGCUUAUUUUUUGGCUAGACCAUCUGUGCUUGUUAUGGUAGUCCUGGCCAUACUGCAGAAGACUGGCCCGCUUUCAAAUUGCACACUUGUUGCCAUGUUUGUAGUGGCAUUCCAGGUCAUAACAUCUGCAGCCGCUUCCUUCCUCUUCCUCAAACGUGUUCACGCUGUCUACCACGGCAGUAGAACCAUCCAAUAUGUUUUCAACUUCCUUUGGGUCAUCGGCGUUGGCACUUCCUGUGCAGUAUUCUUUAGUACCAUGCACGAUUAUAGCGAAAUUGCCGACACAAAACACUGUAUUCGACAUCAAGGCUGGACCGCUCUCUCCAUUGCUUUUAUGGAUCCUGUGCUCUUCGAUACCCUUGUCUAUUUUGCUAUCGUGUACAAGAUCCUUUCCGGUCAUCGGAUGGGCCAGAAGAACGACUGGAGGACUUUCUGCUGUGGAAAUGGCCUCCCUCACCUCUCGCGUGCUGUGUUUCAAGGAGGACAGCAGUAUUAUUUGAUCACCACUGGCGCUAACCUAAUGCGGUUUGUGCUCAGCGCAGACCCCUUCUCAUCUCCCACACUGCAAACUAUACUGUCAACACCGGCUGUAAUGUUGACGAGUGCUAUGGCCUGUCGAGUAUAUCGAAAUUUGUUGAUCAAAACCUCGGAAGAGUGUCAAGUGACCUGUGCGAAGUUGACAACACCGGUUUUCGCAAAUGGGCAAAUGACAGAUGCUAUCACUGCCGGGGAAAGCAGCAGUAUCGGUGAAGUUUGAAGCUUGAAGUCUGAUGCAAUUGGCUAGCAUGAUUGGACUGAAGUCUGCACUGCAUGCUGAUUGCUACUAGUAUGUACCCACAUCUGUCUUGAAUAAGUGGUUGGUCCCUAUAUAUAUGUAUUAUCCUGGGUUGGUAUCAGUGCAUCAGGAAAUUAACACUUUACUAUUUUUGAC